AGCGUAGGAGGAGGGGAAGGGGGAGUGGUGGAGGGAGGAGGUGGAGCAGGAGGCGGAUGGUGGGAGAGUGGGAGGGUGACGGGAGGAGGGACAGGAAGCGGGCGUGGAACUGGGGAGGGUGGAGGAGGAUGGGGAGGAGGAGGGAGCGCCCGAGUGACGGGAGGGGGUUGAGGUUAGAGGUCUGGGGAGUUAGGUCGGGGAGGGAUGUGGGUUAUUCAGUGAUGAAUGCUAGCAGCUCUGCCUUGCAUAGGGGUGGCGAUUGGACGAGCAAGGUCCCUAACCAGCAUUAGAGUGCAGUGCGGCGCGGUGCGUACGUUGCAAGGGUUGCUUAACUACUUUGCAGGGCGAAGCUACUUAUGCGUUGUGCUUCAGUUUGUGACGGUUAGAUGGUUUUAUAUAUAUACAGGACGCGUUGGACACGUAAUGUCGAACUGCUGUGUCUUUGUGCCGCGUGAGGUUGUCGCCAAGGCAUUACUACUUCUGCCCACAUGCGUUUUCACAAUGCAUGCAUGCAUGGGUGCAUGGGUGCAUGAGUGCAUGGGUAGGUGAGAAGGGCUGGCAGGGCAGCAGUCGGUGCCGGUAGUGAUGCUGUCCAUGCCUUUGUGGAACGGCAGCAGCAGGGCGCAUGUUGCAUGUCUGUAUAUGCUGGCCGCGGGUAGGAGCGUACUGUACAUGUUUGUGUCGGUGUAUGUUGCAUGCAUGCAGAUGACACACUGGCGCUGAAACUGUGCUGCUGCAAGGGCUCGCAUAUGUGCAUGUGCGUAUGCGGUGAUGACAGCAGGUGUCCUACGGUCGACAAACCGCUGUCUAACCCAAACGCUAAACAACGGUGUUGGGUGGGGACCACGAAAGCAUGAGCCGUUGCGUUGGUGUGUGCAACCGUACACGUAACGGCGCAGCUGUAUAAUGUAAACCACCUCACAGCUCUUUUGCGUACACUGCCGUACGGUUGCAAUGGGGUCUUCCUCUGGUGCAUGGCGCAUGCAACAGGGUGCAUGCCCGGCAAUCAACACGUGUGUCCAGGGCUUGGGCGGCGGGUGGGAUGCAUGCAAAGGGGCAUGUCCCGGCUUGCCCGAAAGGAGUGCCCUGUCUGACGAGGAUCAGCCGUGAGAAAUUAAAGGGGAUCUAAGGCUGCAUGCGGGAAUAUCUGGUGGUAGGUAUUGGCGAUUCCCAGCAUUUCCUGUGUACUGUGUUCGCGAUAUAGCGGCACUACAGGUUGAUCCCCGCGCAGUUGCUGUUGGACGUCAUGGGAGCUCAACUUCUGUACGGCAAGUACACGAUGAUGGCAAACGUGCGGCUAUGCUGCGCUGCUGGUUGAGCUCGACAAAACGAUAUACGAUGCAGUGUAAUUUAUAGGGCGAUUAUAAACAUGCUAGAGCGGCGACCGUCGGUGGCGCUUCGCGCCUCAGUCAGCGCAGCAGUAAUUACUGCUAUUUUGGUGCAUGUACGUGUUCAUAUCCUUACAGCUGGUAGAAGUUGGAGAGAGCACACAACGGAGACGCCAAUCACGCCAGCUUGGUGGGCAGAUGGAAUUCUGCAGUUGACGGCGUUUGGGCUUCAGCUGGCAGCGAUUCUCUAUACAUGGCUCCCGAUUGGCUAUAGCAUCGACCAAAAGAAGACAGUACUUGUGGAUACUGUAGCCCUCCCAUGGACGCUCUACGCAGCAUCCCUGGUCGCAGCUGACCUCGCCCACAUAGCCCUCGGCAGCGGCCCGCGCGCCCUCACCAUCACCAGCCUGGCCGGGGCGCUGGCUGGUUUCGGAGCGCUGUACGGCUGCCUGCGCAAGCUGCACCCGCUGAUGGUGCGGCUGUCCAGGGCGGAGGGGGCGGGCACAACGCAGCAGCGGGUGAAGCUCGUCCGUACAGGCACUCGCUGGUCCACCGCCUAUGCCCUCUUCCGCCUGCCCACCUCAGCCUCCGCCGCCCUCUGCUGCACACGCGCUGGAGUGGACGCCACCGCCUACGCCAUGACCCUCACCGGCACCUCCCUCCGUGACGCACUCAACCCCUCCCUGGGGCUGCUGUGCGGGGUGAUGGUCGUGGCGAUCAUCAUGCUGAACCACUUGGACGAUCUGGGUUUCAUUAUAACGGUCGCGUUGUGGUUGCUGGGCCUUAUCAUGGCCACACACACGUUGUUAAUGGUCAAGUGCUUUACGAUUGCGUUGGUGAUGGCGCUGGCGAUGCGUGCGGCGUUCAAGUAUGUGCCGGAUGAGGAUGAGGUCGGGGAGAAGCGGGAAUAGGUUAGGAGGGGAGGUGGAAGCGGAUAGUGUAAGGGCAUGGGUGUGGGAGGUGUGAUGCGUUUGUUUGAUGUUUGGGCUUGACUGGAGAUUUGUGAUUGCCGGUAUACGAGCGGAAUGGUGGACGGAGAUGGAGAGGGUUAGUAGGAGAGGUGUUGCAGGUCACAUCAUACCCUGCUGCGUAUACUUUGGAAAGGCCGUGCAUGUGCACAACAGCCGAGAGGUUGCCGAAUUCGAGUACAGUGCCUAGUGUUCAUGCAUGAACGGUAUACUUGAACUAUCUGUCAAUUUAGCUCCGGUAUGACCAUUUCCUGGUCUGUGUGGUCGUGUAGGGAACUAGGGGUGGAAACCGAAGAUGAAUCGACGACAUUCCCCAUCGACGUGUCAUGUCCGCGGCAUGGAUGAAUUUAUACGCCAUGGCGUUUGAUGCGUAAAUACGUGCAUAGCAGGUGGUUUGUGAGCGCUGUAAGUAGGGCCAAUGGA